AUGAACUACAAGUGUGAGAGCCCAAAACUGGAGUUGAAACUGAAAUUGUCUCCUCCAAGGGACCACCGGCGGGCCCUGUCGCCAAAUGGGGCGGACUCGUCAGCCGAGAUAUCGCCGAGAAGCUCGUGCGUCUCCUGUGAGGAAAGCCCGGCGAGCCCGGUUGCCGGUUCCAUGAUGCUCGUGGGCUGCCCGAGGUGCCUAAUGUAUGUGAUGCUGUUUGAGGAGGACCCAAAGUGCCCCAAAUGCAAGAGCACUGUCUUGCUUGAUUUCAUGCAUGAUAGGACAAGGAGACUAUCAUUCAAGAAGUGA